AUGGAAGGAGAGACAAACGACGCUUACGUCACUAGUUUUGAUGAUGUCGAAAUUAAUGAUGACAGAGAAAGAGAGGGCCAAACAGGAAGUGAAACAGAGAAGAUGGAAGAGGAGGAUAUGGAUGCUUUCGAGUUCAAUUUGAUUACGGACUAUCAAAAUGUCGAAAAAGAAGACAAAAAUCUCAUCUUUUACCUCGUCAUGCCUUUUUUGAAACUCGCCAUUUUCAUCAGCAAUCAUGCUCGUUUCUUCAAAAUCGGAAUCGUCCUUACCCUGAUCGCUGGAUUCAUCAUUUACACUGGCUUUGCCCUUUCGAUAAAUUUCGGAGAAGCAUUGAUUCCUCUCGUUCUGGGCUGUCUGGCAGUCUUUUUUAUUUGCUGGGACAAGUUUAUGCUCAAAUAUGAGGACAAGAUCGGCGAUUGGUACACGACUUCGACGAAGAAUUCGCCUACUUUUUGGCGGCUUCUGAAGAUUAUUUCGGGCCUAGCUGUUUGUGGAGUUCUUUUAGGUUUGCUUGUUUACGACAUUUUCUUCGCCGAGGAAAAAAUCAAGGAGAAGAACUUGGUCGCCUGCGCUGGAAUUCUCGUCUACUCUCUUUUAUGCAUUCUCAUGUCACGAGCUCCGCACAAGAUCAAUUUCCGAACAGUCAUUUGGGCCUUUGGAAUUCAAAUCGUUUUCGGCAUCUUUGUUUUGAGAACUACAGCUGGUUUCAUCGCCUUUGACUGGCUUUCGAGUCAAAUUCAAAAAUUCCUCGACUAUUCGAAAUGCGGCUCCCUCGCUGUUUUCGGCAAUUCGGAAGGCGAUAUUUCCUCUUUCGCCUUUUCCGCCCUUCCGACAGUAAUUUACUUUUCCAUGGUCAUCGCGGUCCUGUACUACACUGGAAUCAUGCCGUAUUUCAUCAAAAAAAUCUCCUGGAUAAUGGAAAUCACGUGCGAUGUCAGCGGCCCGGAAGCGAUUGUUUGCGUUGGCAAUAUUUUCGUCGGGCAGACAGAGUCCCCGCUGCUGAUCAAGCCCUUUAUCAAGAACUUAACGCAAUCGGAACUUUUUGUCGUCAUGGUUUCUGGACUAGACUGUAGGAAAGAAAAUAAACUUAAUGCCUCGAUUGCUGGAUCAGUCUUCGGCCUAUUCGUAAACAUGGGAAUCGACUCUACCGCCCUGCUGACAGCCUGCGUUAUGUCAGCCCCAGGCUCGCUUGCUAUCGCAAAGAUGGUUUAUCCAGAACUUCAAAAAUCGAAAUUUCGCGGCAAAAACAGCAAAAGCGAUGAAAAGCAAGAGCAAACAGCAAACAACGCCCUUGAAGCCGCUUCCGCCGGGAUCAUUGACUCGAUCCCACUCGUCGCUGCUAUUGCCGCGAUGCUUAUUGGAUUCCAGUCGCUGACCUUUUGGCUCAAUGAUGCAAUUCAUUGGAUGGGAGAGUCGGUUGGAUACGACAACUGGAGCUUUGACAUUCUUCUCAGCUACAUUUUCUACCCUUUCACGAUUCUUCUCGGGCUCGAAAUGUCGGAAGUUUUCUCUGUUGCCCUGAUGGUUGGCCAAAAAACUUUCUUCACCGAAAUCGUCGCCUACACAACUCUUCAAGAAAACAUCGAAAACCGCGAAAAAUUUCUCCCAAAGUGCGAUUGCGAAGGAAAUGUCAUGUGGCUCUCGGAAAGGUCAGAAAUCUUGACGACGUACGCGCUCUCGGGUUUUGCCAAUUUCGCCAGUAUUGGUAUCGUCAUUGGUGGUCUCUCUGGCAUGGCGCCUCAAAGAAGGGGGAUGCUGUCCAAGCUUGGAAUGCUGGCUUUGUUGACCGCGACGAUCAGUUGCAUGGAACGAGCUUGUGUCGCUUCGAUUCUUUACGCAGAGGGUGAGAAUCCCUUUCUCUGGGGCAGCCAAAAUCUAAGAGGAUGCGAAUUCGUCGACAACGAACUCGGUUCCGGCUGCGGAGUCAGUUGCAAUGGAGUGUUGAUUAAUUCGACAGAAAGUUGCGAAGUCUACGGCCCUGCGGGAGGACAAAGAUCCUGCUUCGAUUGA